AUGAACGAGUGGCUCGAGAUGGAGCCUGAGUGGCUCGAGAUUGCACAGCGCCAAAACCCUGAGACCAAGAAGGAAGAUCUGUCCUCUGCAAUGACAACGGACAGUCGGACGGUAUUACCGGGAAAAAAAUGGCCUAGCAUUACCGGUAAUAGUGCUACCGCCUUUUUGGCGAACCGUAGCGACGUCAUGAAGGAGGACGUCAAGUUCCAGUUCAUCUGCUUCGGCUUUGGCCAGGCUAUCAUGCUGCUCAACGUGGCGUCUGGCGUCUUGUCCAAGUACCUGACGCUUGAGAACGCCAGUCUGCCCACGCUACAGAGCACGUGUCUGUACGUGAUACUGGGGGUGGUCUACCUCGCCGUCCGCUUCGUGCGCAAGACGCCGCUUAUCGGUGUACCCUGGCGGUUCUACGUCAUUUUGGCCGUCGUCGACGUGGAGGGCAACUACUUUGCCGUCAAGGCCUACAACUACGCCAACUACGCGACGCUGAGUCUCAUCCUAAACAUGACGGUGCCGUUCGUCACGCUCUUCUGCUACCUGUUCCUCAAGACGCGCUACUCCAUCCGCCACUACGUCGGCGCGUUGAUCGCUCUGUGCGGCUCCAUCGUCAUCUUCGUGUCUGACUACACGUCGUCCGCCAACGGAACCAGCAGUCGCGAGGUGCGUGGCGACAUGUACGCACUCAUCGCCGCCGCGCUCUACGCUACUUCAAACGUGAUGAUCCAAGCGGUAGUCAAGACGCGCAACGUCGACUCGAACAUCGAAGUGCUGGGCUUCCUGGGCUUCUGGGCGUCGAUCGUGUCCAUUAUCCAAGUUUUGAUCCUCGAACGUAGUCCAAUCGAGGCUGUCGACUUUACAGACCGCGUUUAUGGCUACAUGGCCGGCUACGUCUGUGUACUCUUCGUCUUCUACACCAUCACGUCUGUCUUCCUGCGUUGGGCUGAGUCACUCAUGUUCAACCUCAGUCUGCUCACGGGUCCGAUCUUCACGGUCGGCGUCUCCUACCUCAUCUUCGACGAAGCUGUCAACAAAUGGUACUGGCUGGCGCUGGCGCUGGUGUACAUUGGUCUCAUCUGCUACAGCACCGCCCCUUCCCCCAAGGAGAACGUCAAAGCAACCGAAGACAAAUAUGUCAAUGGAGACUAUGGUGAGGCGCUUACACCCGACGCCACUCGCUACGCCUAG